GUUUAUUUAGGCAAUGUGUGUGAAUGUGUGUGUGCGGCAACAACAGCUAGAAAGACUGAAAGAGAGUUUAGAGGUUUACCGAUGCUGUCAGACGAGCUGUGCUGUGUUUACAUGGACUUUUGAAUGGGAUUUAUUACCUGCUUGUUCAUAGUGCUCAUAUCUUUAAGAGAUGGAGACCCUGUUUGCCAAAGCUCUCUUUGACAACACGGCCGAAAGUGAAGAUGAGCUGGCUUUUCGCAAGGGUGAUAUCAUCGUGGUCCUCGAAAGAAAUGUUGUAGGGAGCAUCGGCUGGUGGAAGUGUUCUCUUCGUGGACGUCAGGGCCUGGCACCGGCAAACCGCCUGGGUAUUCUUUCUCCAGCGGACGCUGAGAGUCUUUGUGCUAAUUUAAGUGUGGAGAGAGAUUCCUUGUUGAAACAAAACUGUCAAAACAUCUAUCAAAUCCCAAAAAACAUGCCAUCACCACCGGAUCCGAUUUAUGAAGAUAUGAAUAUGAUAAGUAAUCGGCCCCUCCCAUGCAUCCCUUCAGCAGAUAAGCGUAUGUCACAAGAUGAUCCAGGAGGAAACAGCCCUCUACGUGAUGUUGCAAUGACUCCAUCCAGAACUGGUGCAGAACUAUAUGAUGUUCCCAGCUUGUUAAGAAGAACAUCCAUGAUCACACCGCCUGCACCUCAACCACCCAUGCAAAGGAAAGUUUCACUGAUGCCUACCACAGAAAUUCAGAAGAGAUAUGAAACGCUACGAGGCAACAGAUCUGUCAAUGCAUCUAAUAAAAAUGUCUGCAUUAUACGACCAUUGGUUUCCCAAGACCCCAGUUAUGAAGUACCAAUGCCCUGCAUCAGUGAGGAUAGUCCAAAGCCUCCAUUUGUUUGCAGUACCAUGUCAAAAAUUUCUAAGUCAGACUGGAUUUAUGAUGUUCCUGUCUUCAUGCAAAAACAAGGUGCUGAACCUGAUCGCUAUGGCACCAUGCCAUCCAAAACUAUAAGCUCAGACAUACCACUUUAUGACACCUUGCCAGCUCGUGUUUGUCCUGAAAGAAAAGCCGCUCAUCUCCAGCCCGUCUAUGAUAUUCCCAAACCAAGCCUGUUUGUGCAAGCUGAUUCAUGCACUUAUGAUGUCCCACCGUUUCUUAAACCGAAAGAGACCUCUGAACAUUCUACAUUACCCAGACAGUAUAGCGCUCCUGAAAUUGACUCUAUCAAGAAUCAUGAACCUCUUGAUUAUAGGGGUACGUCCAGACCCAUAUGUGACCAGCUUCUUCGUUUGCCCUUAAGGGGUCGAACUUUGUCCAGGCAGGCCACGGAAGGUGGAAUUAGAAGGGACUAUGGUGAUAACAAAGACAACCAGAGAAGCUCUACUGUGUCCGACUGCUCCACAGCUUCCAGUUCCUCCAGGAGUUCCUGCGACUCUUUCCUGUUAAGCUCUCCUGAGCCCGAGCCCUUGCGUGAGGUCACCCUUUCUCAGGAGGAGGCUGGCCAGCGGCUCCAUGAGCUGCGGGAUGCCGUCUGCCAAUCUGUACCCAAACUGAUGUUGUUCGUAAGUAGCCAAUGGAGAAGCAAAGAGCACCUGGGUCAGCACCUCCAGCAGAUCCGCACAGCCACGGAAGAAGUGACGGACUCCAUCACCAGUUUCCUGAACUUUGCCUUGGACGUCAGAGGAAAUGCGCAAAGGUUGACGGACUCCAACCUGCAGGCGAGGCUCCUGAAGCAGCUCUCCAUCGUGGAAGACUCAGGUUUGAUCCUGCAGCAGGCUGCGAAUCUGCUGCGAGGCAUGGGCUGGAGGCUGGAUGUUUUGGCUCAGGAUGACGGCAAAUCACAGACACAUGACCAUUUGGAGCAGUUUGUUAUGGUGGCUCGUACUGUGCCGGAGGAUGUUACGAGGCUGGUGUCCAUCCUGAAUGCCAACGGGAAGCUUCUUUUCAAAGUGCCGGCAAAGGAACAGGACAUGGCGGAGCAAAGCGGCUCGUCUGAAAAACGUUUAAGCAAAAGUGAACCAACUGUAGACUCGGGAAUAGAUGACAGCGACUAUAUACAACUUCAGACAAACACGGAAGAGGUUGUCCAACAACCGAAAUUGUCAAAAAGCAGCUUUAAACAAAAGAAAAAUGGCGAUACCAUAAAAAAACAGGUUACCAAGUCACUAUCCCUUAGCCCCUGCCGUCCACUUCAAACCUCCAAGAAGCCGUCAAUCUCUGACCACUGCAGACUUUAUUUUGGAGCAAUUCAGAAGGCAAUCAGUGUGUUUAUAAGUAGUCUGAAUGAUGGCCAUCCCCCUGAAAAGUUCAUAUCCCACAGUAAGCUGGUUAUUAUGGUGGGCCAAAGACUUGUGAACUCUUUGUGCACCGAAGCCAAAAAUACAGAGGCCAGUCAGGAAAUGUUGUCUAUGAGCAAUCAGCUAUGUGCCCAUCUCAAGCAGCUUGCCGUGAUCACCAAGAAAGCAGCUCUGAACUACCCUGACCAGCAAACACUGCAGGAAGCCCAGAACAUUGCCAAAGAGCUGGCACAAAGAGCACAGCACUUCAGAAUGUCACUGGAUGCCUGACGAGUCAUAUUAUAAGUUAUCAUGAUGAGGAGGUGGGUUGGCGCAUGGGGCAAUUGUAUUUGUGGAAUAUCAGAAUCUUCUUGAUUUGUAUGAGAGUCUAAACCAGGUACACUUAAACCGCACAACAUUUCUAUCUGUUAAAGGGGUCAUAGCAUGAAAAUUAGACUUUUUACAUGUUUAAGUGCUAUAUUGGGUCUCCAGUGCUUCUAUCAACCUAAAAAACGUGAAAAAGAACAACCCAGUAACUUUGUUUUGGUAAGCCAUUCUUUGCAAGCAUGUGAAAAAUUAGGUCAUUCAGAUUUCGCCUGUUUUGUGACGUAGGUAGCAAGGCCAAUUACAAUAAUACCGCCCCUUAAUCUGUACUAUCAAACCACGGCACUGCCGUUUAGUGCAGAGAGAAAGGUAGAGAGAAAAAAUUAUUGACAGCACAAUUGAGUUUCGAUUGCAACAAACCACCAUCAUUGUGAUCAGUGUUUGCAUUUCAUCCGCUCAUUUGCAUUUUAAAGGACACACCCAUUUUUGCAGUGGCAAUUUUUACAUGCUAUAAUAAAUUAUCUGUAGGGAAUUUUGAGCUAAAACUUUACUUAUACACUCUGGGGACACCAAAGACGUAUUUUACAUCUUUAAAAAAAAUCUCAUAAUAUGACCCCUUUAAGGCACAGACGGUAAGCAAGCUAAAGGAAACGAGUAAAAAAUAAUACAAGAAUUUGCAUUUUUGUGUAAACUAUUAUUGGUAUAUACAGUGGUAACCAAUAAUAAAAAAAAACGUUUUCAUCUAUUUGCCUUAUUAUAAGUGUAUGAUGUACUUGCCCUGCCAAACCUCAGACUUUAAAUGAUUUAAGCAAACAAUGCACUUUUAUAAUGCCCAACACUGUAUAAAGUUUUGGUAAUAAUAAUUAGACACAAUGUAUGUAAAUGACUAUACUAUAUGUAACAUUUUUGUACAAUAAUUUAAAUAUUUUUUUCUAAACAACUUUGAAUACAACUUUUUAAUAUUCUUUUCAUUCUUAAAUCUUACGUUUUCAGUAUUCAUUCUUUUACACUGUAAGAAUGCAGUAUUCUGCUUUUGAACAUGUACUGUAAUAUCUAAGAAACUGUUUCUUUUUGACACAAAUAAAAUGUGAUGUAUGC